AUGUGUUCUUAUUCUAAUCAAUCCACUGCCAUCAAGCAAGGUGAACAGUUUUAUAUGAACAAUGCAUGUUCAAGUCAGUCCAAUAAUACAAUCGAAUCCAUUAUUACAAAGAAUCAGGUUGAUACUUUAGAUUUAUUAGAAGAAAAUGUGCAAGCGGUUGAUACGGGUGAACAGGUUAAUGAUAUUGAUUUAAAAGAAGUUGAUGAACAGCAAAGAAAGAAGCCAAUAAUAGAAAACGUAUUUUCAACAGAAAAGAAAGAACAACCUUUAAAUGGUGAUCAUGCUGGUAAUACUCAGCCAAAUGAAAGAAAUGAACAGUCUAGAGAAGAUGCAGAACAGCCAAGAAUAGAUGAUACGGUGUCUAAAGGAGACAAUAAACUGCCAAAAGAAGUAAAUGAAGAGCCAAUAGAAAAGAUUAAACAGCUACUUGUAGAUAGAGAACAGCCCAACAUGAGUAAUGGUCAGUCAACGGGUCAAAAUGUAGAGCAAGAUGAAGACGACAGACAACAUGUUGGAGAGGUUACAGAGACUAUAGGUAGUAAUGAUCACUUAGAAGAAAAAGAACUCCAACUGGUAAAUGAUAUCAUUCAGCCAGUUGACAAGGAAUUCCUAUCUUGUGAAACUGACUUAGAAGGCUUUAUGCCUAUUGAAGAGAAAAAGGAAAAAGGUAUAAUGACCAAACUUUAUAGAGAUGAACCAUCAACUUCUACACUGAGAGCAAUAGAUCAAGUUUCUGAAGCCAUCAAUGAACAAAGGAGUUCAAGAUCUGAAACAUUGAAUACCGAAACUCCUUAUAUCCAAAACAUUAGACAUAUCUCUACAAACAUUGAAGGGGAUAUUCGGAACAAUACACAGGUUAUAUCAGAUAAAAUAAUCCACAGCCAACAUAGAACUAAAUCCUCUACAUUUCACAUGUUUGAACAGUGGAAAACCAAGCCUUCUCACAAAGAUAAUUUGGAAACUUCCAAGUCAAUAAUAUCUGAAUCUAGUAGUAAUGAAUUGAAUAUUGAUAUUACAAAACCUAUAACUGCAAAAGCAAGCUCAUGCUAUGACAAAAAGACUGGAGGAGAUGAAAUAAAGAAAUCAUAUGAGAAUCAUGGGAAGGAGCUCAAAUUGGCUAUGGGAAAUGGAGUUAAACCAAUAGCCCAAAAGGUGACCAUUGAACCUGCAGUUCCUUUAUUGUGUUUCUCAGCAGCUCAAGUGCAUAAACCUGAAGCAGAUUCCAAAUAUGACAUCAAUGACAAGCUUUGUAAACAUAGGCAGAUACUACCAAGUCAUAAUAACAAGGAAUCAACCAGGGAUAGUGAUAAAUAUCUUCAGGCAUCCAUGAGUUGUAACAGAGAAACACAAACAUCUAUAAAUAACAAUAAAGAUGUAGAGACUUCCAAGGAUAGCAGUACAGAUUGUGAGACAUCGAUGAAUAACAACCCAGAUCUGCAGACAAAAUGCACAGCCCUACAUACAUCUGUGAAUAACAAUAAAGAUAUGCAGACUUCCAAUGAUAGCAGUAAAGAUAUACAGACAUCAAUGAAUAAUGUCCUAGAUCUGCAGACAUCGGAGGAUAAUAACACAUAUAUAUCUGUUAAUAACAAGGGAGAUCUGCAGUUAUCCAGGGACAACAACACAGAUCUUCAGGCAUCUGUGAACAACAACAAAGAUGUGCAGACAACUGAGAAUAACAAUAAAGACCUGCAGACAUUGAACUCAAAUGAUUUCAAGAAAGUAAACAUGAGCAAUCUGCAGAAACUUAAAGAUGUUCAACAAACAACAAAUGAAAAUAAUGAGUCUGAAAAAGGUUUGGUUGAAAACAACAAUGAGGCAUUUGAUAUAGAGGAGAUACAAGGAGAUGAAAACACAUUAAUUGAUAGAAAAGGGGAAAAGAAGAAUGCUGUAAAGCCUGCUGAUUUUGAUGAAGGUGAAAUCAAGGAGAAAGGAGAUGAACCAAGAAUGAGUAAAAAUGAUAAUUGUGGAACAAUGGAUGAUACUUCAUCUAUGAUAGUUGAUGUUAGAUCUGUAACCACAGCUGAAGAUAUAUUUAACUCAUUAGAAGAAAGCAACCAGUGCAAUGAGGAUACUCAUAUCACCAAUACACAAAUCUCAAAAUGUUUGUGCACAAGUACACCUGAAAAAUGUUCACUACAUAAGGUUCCAAAAGUCAGUAUCCACCAAGAGAUCCAAAUGGAUUUGCCUCAGAGUGAAACUGUACAAUUCAAUCCUAUUAAAAUCACCACUCAUAUGUCUGUGAAUGACGACCUCCAUGAAAAACACUCAAUAAUAGAACCCAUUGAUAGAACAUCUCUCAAAUCCGGGAAUGCAUCCUGCAAUAGAAACUAUAAUGAUACAAUUGACAGUAAUCCAUGCGAUCUGAAGAAAACAAAAGAAUAUGAUAUAAAUGUAGAGGCUAAUAUUGAUGAGAUUAUUGGGAAAACUGAUGUUCAGAUAAUGAAAAUACAAAAUGAUGGUGCAGAACAAGAGCAGAAAAUCACAAAAAUGCAAGACGUGGAAAAUGAUGACAUUAGUGAUUGUCAUGAUUUCCCAACAACAGAGCUACCUGAAAGUGUUGAGGAUAAGGCAUAUGUAUCAAUCCAGAACAACGUAAGCGAUCAGAGUCAGAAUAAAACCAUUCAAAAAGACAGCCAUGAAACAAGCACAGAUGGACUUGGUAAAAGACAUACUAAUAUUCAAGGUGAUGAUGAGUGUGAAAAUGAUGAAGAGUUCAGUGUUCGCAACAUAUCAAAUGCUACAGGCGCCCCACCUGUCCUUGAAAUGAACAAAUUAUUGAAUGUGAAUAAUUCAAUGAGUAAAACAGCACCACUUCUUGAAAUACAAGAGAUGCCAUGCAUCAGUGAAAACAAAAGCACAGACACAGACAAAAAUCGAGAGAUUUAUUCAUGCUCAAUUCCAUUGGAACUCUUCAACAGUCAGCAGUUUACUGCACUCAAAACUUUUGGACAGAAUGAAAUCAAUACUGAACAUCAAGAUGAUAUUUCUUCUCAAGCAAUCCCAAUUGAACCAAUUACUGCCCAAGCAGAAACAUUUAACAGUGAUGAACCAAAGUUACCUGAAACUCAAGAUCAGUUGACUAAAAACAAAAAUCAUUAUGUUGAAGAUAUUCAUCAAGAAAGUCACGAGCCUGAAGAGCUAGUUGAUGAUAAAGCAUGUGAACACAGUUGUGAUGAUGAUGUGCAAAAAGACUAUGGCCAAAUACAUAAUAGUGGCUUUAUAGCAGAUUUAUCUGGAAAUAUUUCUGAAACUUCAACUGUGGAUUGCAGUUCUAAUGGAAUGACCAUGCAGAAUAGGAAUGAUGUACUUGGAGACGAUCUGACAAGAAAACAAGAAAUCGAUGUGUCCGCAAAUAUGAUAUCUGUGAAUGAAACUUAUCUCAGCAUUGAUUUAGAAGUUGCUGAAGACAAAAUUAUAACUGAUAAUGAUCAAAUCAAACAGAUAGAGGAAUUUAAUAAAAAUGACAUACCUAAAGAUUCGAGGGAAUGUACAUUAUAUUGCACAUUAUGUGAUUUCGAGACAGCUUCCACGUAUAGGAUGGCAAAACACAAGAAAUGUCACACUCAUGAUAAAAAGUUUAAAUGUAGGUUAUGUGUAUAUUCUAGUGAUACCCCUCGUGUGGUAGAAAAUCAUCAAAAGUACCACAGUAAUACAGAAACUAAAUGUAAACAGAGUUUCGGAAAAACAGAUGCCAGUAUGUUAACAGAAUUACUGCCUGAGACUUCAAAAGAGGGUGAAGGGUCUAGUUUUGAGAGAGUCUCAACUAAAACAACUGAUUCUGAUGCGGACAUAACAGAAUUAUUGCCUGAGACAUCAAAAGAGGAUGAAGGGUCUAAUGAUGAAAGAGUUUCAAUGAAUGCUACCAAACCUGAUGUGAAGAUAAUAGCAGAAUUAUUUCCUGAGACAUCAAAAGAGGAUGAAGGGUCUAAUGAUGAAAGAGUGUCAUUGAGUGCAACAAAACCUGAUGCAGACAUAUCAGAAUUAUUACAUGAGACUUCAAAAGAGGAUGAAGGGUUUAAUGAUGAAAGAGUUUCAUUGAGUGCAACAAAACCUGAUGCAGACAUAUCAGAAUUAUUACAUGAGACUUCAAAAGAGGAUGAAGGGUUUAAUGAUGAAAGAGUUUCAUUGAGUGCAACAAAACCUGAUGCAGACAUAUCAGAAUUAUUGCUCGAGACUUCAAAAGAGGAUGAAGGGUCAAGAGUUGCGAGAGUUUCAAUGAAUGCAACCAAACCUGUUGCAGACAAAACAGAAUUAUUGCAUGAUACUUCAAAAAAGGUUAAACAGCCUAAUCUUGAGGGAGUUCCAGUCAAAGCAAGUGAACCUAAUGGGGACAUAUUUGCAAAUCCGCAUUUGGUGAAUUUAUUGUUACAGCCACCAGUAGACACUACUUGCACUGCUAGUGUUACAUCUUCAGGAGUUGAUGAUAUCAAUGGAAGAAUGGGAAAGUCACAUAUGGGAGCACACAUGCAUUCACAUAAAAGAUUGAACAACAGUGCAGUCGUUGGAAGUGUAUGUAACAAAGUAAGCAAUGUUGCUGUCAUAGAUAAUAAAAAUGCUCAGUCCAACACUGAAUCACUAGAUAUAACUGAGUGCUCAUUGGAUUAUGAAUCUGAAGGAGAAAAUCAAAGUUUAAUAAGCUGUCCAGUAUGCCCAUUUGAAACAAAAUGCACAGGUUUCAUGAAACGCCAUCUCAUACACCACAAAGUAAAGAGUCAACACUCAUGUACACAAUGCACAUAUAGUACUUCGAACAAGAAAUCAUUGGUGAGACAUCUUAAAUGGCAUCAAGGAUGCAGAAAUAGGAGACUAAGCAGCUCGUUCUCUGUGAGGGGGCAAUACAAGUGUACUGCGUGUGAAUAUUCAACAAAUGUAUCCUCAAAUUAUAAAUACCACACAAAGUGUCAUCAUGCUAAGAAAGCCUACAGUUGUAGCAUCUGUUCUUACAGUAACUCGAUUGCAGCAAGACUCCAGAACCAUAUGUCAAAACACCACAUUACAACACAGUCAAAACCAAUUAAUGAACCUAUCUGUAAUAUCACUAGCCAUAUCAUUCUGCCAUCUGAAGAGACAACCAAAAUAUGUGCACUUUGCCCAUUUAGUACAACUAAAGAAGCAGCUCUUACCAAUCACAUGGAACGGCAUAAGAAAGUCAUGAACUUUGGUUGUGAGUUCUGUAGUUACACAACAGCGCGAAGAACAAACCUUCAAAGGCAUACAAAGUUACACUUCGGGUCAUUUUGGAAAGAGGUGGUUGCUCAUGUCAAACCAGUUUCAGUUUCAAAUGAAAAUGAUUUGGCGACAGAUAGUGAUACACAUGAAAGUGGACUGGCUACAAAUGAAGCUAAGAUAACAGAUUUUGAUAAGCAAGGCACAAAUAAAAUUGAGUUGGAAACAACUAAAGAUGUCUCUAAAACUGCAAAUCCAAACCCUGUUAAUGAUGCAGGGACAACUAGGGGCAAACUUUAUUCUGGGACAACCAGGGGCAAACUUGAUUCUCGGACAACAAGGAGAAAAGUUGAUUCUGAGACAACCAGGGGCAAACUUGAUUCUGGGACAAUGAAAGGCAAACUUGAUUCUGGGACAACCAGGGGCAAACUUAAUUCUGGGACAACCCGGGACAAACUUAUUUUGGGACAACCAGAAGUAAACUUGAUUCUGGGACAACCAGGGGCAAACUUAUUCUCGGACAACCAGGGGCAAACUUAUUCUUGGACAACAAAUGGCAAACUUAAUUCUGAGACAACCAAAGGCGGCAAACCUGGUUAA